AUGGAUGUCGAAAAGAAAACCACUUCCGACAUGAAGGACCCCAUUGCUCAAGAAAAGGACCUUCAGACCGGCGUCAUCACGGACCUCGACGAAGGCGAAGUCUUCCUGCGAGAAAAUGGCAUCACGAACGACCGCGUCCACGAGCUCCUGGGUGACAAGCCUCGCAACAAACGUCUGGUGCGCAAGGUUGAUUUGCUUCUCAUGCCUCUUCUAGCAGGCACCUACACGCUCCAGUAUAUUGAUAAAUCGGCAUUGGCAUAUUCCGCGGUAUUUGACCUGUUCACAACCACACAUAUGUCAAGCAAUCAAUACGGCUGGCUGGCCAGUAUUUUCUACUUUGCAUACCUUGCUGCUGAGUAUCCAUGGGGUUACCUUGCCCAAAAGACGAAAAUGGCCAAGGUGGUGUCUGGGAAUAUAGUGGCCUGGGGUGCAAUGCUCAUGAUCACCGCGGCUUGCACUUCAUUCACGGGCAUGGCGAUCUGUCGAUUUCUCCUCGGUGUCUUCGAGGCUCCAAUCACACCUUGCUUUAUGAUGAUUGUCGGUAUGUGGUACACACGGUCCGAACAACCCUUUCGAGCAGGCGUGUUUUAUAGUUGCAACGGUCUUGGUGCAAUGAUUGGAGGCCUCCUCACCUUUGGCAUUGGUCAGAUCAAAACUAUUGCGGUUUGGCGGGCCAUCUACUUGAUCCUCGGUGGUGUCACCAUUCUAUGGGGUCUCUUGAUGUUCGUGUGGCUCCCAGACGACAUCAUGUCUGCCAAACGCUUCACUCUCGAAGAUAAAGCCCUCCUCAUCGGCCGUGGUCGUCUCAAUCGAACAGGAAUCAUCAAUCGCCGAAUCAAAUGGUACCAGAUUCGAGAAGCGUUCAUUGACCCUCAAGUCUGGAUUCUGUUUUUCUUCAUGUUGUUUAACGAGACAAUCAACGGCGGUAUCGCCAGCUUCAGCAAGCUUAUCAUCAAGGGUUUGACAGGCAGCGCAAUCACAACAGUUGCACUAGGAAUUCCGUUCGGUGCUUUUCAGAUCUUCUGGGUCCUGUCGGGCACGUAUCUUGCGUCCCGGAUUCCCAACUUCCGCACUAUCGUCAUGUUCGCCUAUUUGAUUCCAACUAUCAUUGGUAUAUGCAUAAUGUGGAAGCUGUCACAUAAGACGCAUAAGGUUGGGGUUUUGUUUGGCUACUACAUCGUUGGCUCUUAUGUGUGCUCCCUUGUACUUGCAUUACAAAUGCCUGCUACGAAUCUUGGUGGCUACACGAAGCGUACAACCAGUGUCGGCCUAGUCUUCCUGGCAUAUUGCGUUGGAAAUAUUAUCGGACCUCAUGCAUUCUUAGCUAAGGAAGCUCCUAUCUACCAAACUGGAUGCAAAGUCAUUUUAGCAUGUUCGUCUGCUCAGGCAGUUUUGGCUAUUUCUCUGCGGUUGCUCUUCAUUUAUCGCAACAAGCAGAGAGAUGCUGCCGCGGCGAAUGUGACUGGGGUAGAAGGAAUUGAGGCCUCGGGAGGAGACGAGUUGCAUGAUUUAACUGACUUUGAGAACCCUCACUUCCGGUAUGUACUAUGA